AUGCCCGUCCACCACAUCCUCGUCGGCACACAUUCGGACCAGAUCCACCUCGUCGAGUUCGACUCGUCGGCGCCCUCGCUCACCGUCAAACACUCGCUCCAGCUCCGCGACCAGCCCUCGUGGAUUGCGCUGUCGCCGACGCACCCAGGCCUGUGCUACGUCAACGGCUGGGUCGACGACGUGCUGUACGCCGUGCGGUUCGACGCCGUCGAGGGGUUCGAGGUGCUCGGAGAGGCUCGAGCGGGAGGAGGAGGGCCGACGCACAUGGAGGUGACGCCGGACGGCAAAGCGCUUCUCAGCGUCAAUUACCGCUCGGGCUCGCUCGUUCACACGCCCCUCCUCGACGACGGCCUCUUUGCCCAAACCGAGCCAACGCCCAACCAGAUCCAUUCUUUCGCCUUCCCUCGCACCGAGGUGACGCACCCGCGGCAAGAAUCGGCUCACCCACACCACCUCGUUCCGCUCGACGGCGACUGGCUCGUUCCCGACCUCGGCUCGGACAAGAUCUGGCAAAUGCGGUGGGUCGGCGAGGCGCAGACGGGCACGUGGGAGGUCGUGAGGGAGUUUGAGCGCGAGCAGUACGACGGGCCGAGGCAUGGCGUGAAAAGCGCGGACGCAGGCAAGCACCUCUACCUCGUCAACGAGCUCGUGGCGACCGUCUCGGUCCUCGCGCUGCCGACCUCGUCGACCGACGAGCUCUCGACCCUCUCCUCGGCACCCGUCCUCCCUCCCUACCUGCGCGACGUCGCCCGCGCCGACCCGUACGACCUCAUCCCGUGCACCAUCCUCCUCCUCUCCCCCCUCCCCUCGGCACCGCCCAACUUCCCCUCGACGCUGCUCAUCUCGAACCGGAAUGCGCCCCAGUCACUCGCGCCGGACGGCGACACGGUCGUCUCGUUCUCGGUCGCGCCCGACGCGCCCGCCCAGCUCGGCGAGGGUGCGUUCGUCCAUGGCGCCGGGCGGCACCUGCGCGGGAUGGCGGCGGGCCCGCCGGCGGGCGACGAGCGCGAGAGGUGGGUGCUCGUCAUGGGGCGAGACGAGGGCGGCAUGAGCGUGUACGAGCGCGAGGCGGACGGGACGAUGACGAGGGUGCUUGCGAACGUGCUGGGCGAGGUCGAGAAGCCGGUCGCGGCGGUGUGGCUGCCGAGCCGGGAGGAGCUGUAG